GUCAAAUGUCAAAGUCUUCCAUUUUGUUUUAAGAGCGACUCGUGAGAUUGCCGGUUGAUUUAUUGUGUUUUUAAGUUUAUUACAGAUAAACGAUGUCUGCGGCGCAGUUAUUUAACAGAAUUGGUCAGUUCGGCCUUGGGGUAGCUCUAGUCGGGGGCGUUGUCAAUUCGGCGUUAUACAAUGUCGAUGGGGGCCACCGCGCCGUCAUUUUCGACCGCUUCUCUGGCAUAAAAAAACAGGUGAUCGGCGAGGGCACCCACUUUUUCAUCCCUUGGGUGCAACGCCCCGUCAUCUUCGACGUGCGUUCGCGCCCCCGCAACGUCCCCGUCAUCACUGGAAGCAAAGACCUCCAAAAUGUCAACAUCACCCUUCGUAUUCUCUUCCGGCCCGUGCCCGACCAACUCCCUCGUAUUUACACAGUGUUAGGGCAAGACUACGAAGAACGCGUCCUCCCUUCCAUCACCACCGAAGUCCUCAAAGCCGUCGUGGCGCAGUUCGACGCCGGGGAACUCAUCACACAGCGUGAUUUAGUCUCGCAGAAGGUCAGCGAGGACCUCACGGAGAGGGCGUCGCAGUUUGGGGUUAUCCUCGAUGAUAUUUCCAUCACGCAUUUGACAUUCGGACGGGAAUUCACACUGGCUGUGGAGUUAAAACAGGUGGCGCAGCAGGAGGCUGAGAAGGCGAGGUUUUUGGUGGAGAAGGCCGAGCAGAAUAAAAAGGCGGCCGUGAUUUCGGCCGAGGGGGAUGCUCAAGCCGCCAUUUUGCUGGCGAAGGCCUUUGGGGAUGCAGGAGAAGGGUUGGUGGAGUUGAGGAGGAUUGAGGCGGCGGAGGAUAUUGCGUAUCAGUUGUCGAGGUCAAGGCAAGUGUCGUAUUUGCCAGGGGGGCAGAACUUGUUACUCAAUGUGUCUACGCCGACGAAUUAAGGGGCCCAAGGGGAGAGGAGUCAGGUGUUUUGUUUGACUCGGGACUAGGAGUGAACUAGGAUAUGUACCAAUUAUUUUAUUAUUUAAGGCCAUUUACUGUUACUGUUAAUAAAUUUUAUAAAAUAAA